GGAAGCCCGGGGAGGCGGGGCCGGGGAGCGGGGUGCGCGCCCGUCCCUCGGAGCCGCCGCCGUCAGUCACCGCCGCCGCGCGCCAGAGAGAAGCAGCCUCCGGCCCCGGCGGCCCCUGUCUCCCGACCCCGGAAGCCGAAGCAGCCUGCCCGGGGACCCCGCGCGUCGGCGCUUGAAGCCGAGACCAGCCUGCCCGGGCCUGGGCAGGCGGAGCAGGGCCUUGGACCCCGCGGCGCCCCUCGGCCUCGGAGCAGCGAGCGCAGCGCCGCCUCUAAAGAGCCAAUCCAUUCAGGAUGGGAAACCACGCAGGCAAACGAGAAUUAAAUGCCGAGAAGGCCAGUACGAAUGGUGAAACUAACAGAGGAGAAUCUGAAAAAAAGAGAAACCUGGGUGAACUUUCACGGACAACCUCAGAGGACAACGAAGUGUUUGGAGAGGCAGAUGCGAACCAGAACAAUGGGACCUCCUCUCAGGACAUAGUGGUGACUGACUCCAAGCGCACAGUGGACCCAAAGAAUGCCUGGCAGGAUGCCCACCCAGCUGACCCAGGGAGCCGCCCCCACUUGAUCCGCCUCUUUUCCCGAGAUGCCCCGGGGAGGGAGGACAACACCUUCAAAGACAGGCCCUCAGAGUCCGACGAGCUCCAGACCAUCCAAGAAGACAGUGCAGCCACCUCCGAGAGCCUGGAUGUGAUGGCGUCACAGAAGAGACCCUCCCAGAGGCAUGGAUCCAAGUACCUGGCCACAGCAAGUACCAUGGACCAUGCCAGGCAUGGCUUCCUCCCAAGGCACAGAGACACGGGCAUCCUUGACUCCAUUGGGCGCUUCUUUGGCGGUGACAGGGGUGCGCCCAAGCGGGGCUCUGGCAAGGUACCCUGGCUAAAGCCGGGCCGGAGCCCUCUGCCCUCUCAUGCCCGCAGCCAGCCUGGGCUGUGCAACAUGUACAAGGACUCACACCACGCAGCGAGAACUGCUCACUACGGCUCCCUGCCCCAGAAGUCACACGGCCGGACCCAAGAUGAAAACCCCGUAGUCCACUUCUUCAAGAACAUUGUGACGCCUCGCACACCACCCCCAUCGCAGGGAAAGGGGAGAGGACUGUCCCUGAGCAGAUUUAGCUGGGGGGCCGAAGGGCAGAAACCAGGAUUUGGCUACGGAGGCAGAGCGUCCGACUAUAAAUCGGCUCACAAGGGAUUCAAGAGAGUCGAUGCCCAGGGCACGCUUUCCAAAAUUUUUAAGCUGGGAGGAAGAGAUAGUCGCUCUGGAUCACCCAUGGCUAGACGCUGAAAACCCACCUGGUUCUGGAAUCCUGUCCUCAGCUUCUUAGUAUAACUGCCUUAAAACUUUAAUCCCACCUGCCCCCGUUACCUAAUUAGAGCAGAUGAUCCCUCCCCUAAUGCCUGCGGAGUUGUGCACGUAGUAGGGUCAGGCCACGGCAGCUACCGGCAAUUUCCGGCCAACAGUUAAAUGAGAAAAUGAAAACAGAAAACGGUUACAACUGUCCCUUUCUGUGCGAAGAUCACGUCCCUUCCCCCGCAAUGUGCCCCAGACGCACGUGGGUCUUCAUGGGCCAGGUGCACAGACGUCCCUCCACGCUCACCCCUCCACCCUAGGACUUUCUUUUCGCCGUGGCUGCGGCACCCUUGCGCUUUUGCUGGGCACUGCCAUGGAGGCACACAGCUGCAGAGACAGAGGACGUGGGCGGCAGAGAGGACUGUUGGCAUCCAAGCUUCCUUUGUUUUUUUUCCUGUCCUUCUCUCACCUCCUAAAGUAGACUUCAUUUUUCCUAACAGGAUUAGACAGUCAAGGAGUGGCUUACUACAUGUGGGAGCUUUUGGUAUGUGACAUGCGGGCUGGGCAGCUGUUAGAGUCCAACGUGGGGCAGCACAGAGAGGGGGGCACGUCCCCAGGCCGUGGCUGCCCACACACCCCAAUUAGCUGAAUUCGCGUGUGGCAGAGGGAGGAAAAGGAGGCAAACGUGGGCUGGGCAAUGGCCUCACACAGGAAACAGGGUCUUCCUGGAGAUUUGGUGAUGGAGAUGUCACGCAGGCGGCCUCUGGACGUCACCGUUGCCCUGCACGGUGGCCCCAGAGCAGCCUCUAUGAACAACCUCGUUUCCAAACCACAGCCCACAGCCGGAGAGUCCAGGAAGACUUGCGCACUCAGAGCAGAAGGGUAGAGUCCUCUGGACAGCCUCGCAGCCGCGCCAGUCGCCCAUAGACAUGGGCUGUGACCGGGCGUGCUGGCAGCGGCGGUGCACAGUGGCCAGCACUAACCCUCCCUGAGAAGAUAACCGGCUCAUCCACCUCCUCCCAGAAGACGCGUUGUAGCGAGUAGGCACAGGCGUGCACCUGCUCCCGAAUUACUCACCGAGACACGCGGGCUGAGCAGACAGCCCCGUGGAGACAAAGAGCUCUUCUGACCGCAUCCUUCCUAACACCCGCUGACAUCUCCUUUCGCUCCUCCCUCCCUAACCUACUGACCCACCUUUUGAUUUUAGCGCACCCAUGAUAGGCCUUCCAAAGAGUCCCACGCUGGCAUCGCCCUCCCCGAGGACGAAGAUGAGGAGUAGUCAGCGUGAUGCCAAAUCGCGUCUUCUUAAUCCAAUUCUAAUUCUGAAUGUUUCGUGUGGGCUUAAUAUCAUGUCUAUUAAUAUAUAGCCUCGAUGAUGAGAGGGUUACAAAGAACAAAACUCCAGACACAAACCUCCAAAUUUUUCAGCAGAAGCACUCUGCGUCACUGAGCUGAGGUCGGCUCUGCGAUCCAUACGUGGCCGCACCCACACAGCACGUGCUGUGACGAUGGCUGAAAGUGUACACUGUUCCUGAAUAUUGAAAUAAAACAAUAAACUUUUAAUGGUA